ACAUCAAACUAAACUAAAUGCUAUUAUAGUAGGGCCGCGACGUCUUGGCGGGUCGACUCCCUAGAGCUCAGCGACCUUGUAAUCGACAAGUCCCUCCUUGUCUGCUCCGCAGAUAACAACGGCCUGGAAGUCUCCAUGCCGUUCCGAAAACAUUGGUCGAGAACAAUCUCACGUACGGUGCAACACAGCGCAGAUCUUAAUGAUACAAAGAUGCGAUAAUGCUUUACGGUAAUUUAUUAUUUAAAGGUAGCGUACUAUUUGCUCGACUGGGCAGCUUAGUUAAACAUAGUUAAACAUAGAUAUACAAUACUUUAAAAGUUAAGAACUAAAUUUGUAAUUGUGGGUUGUUGUAGAAAACACAAUUAAUUAAGACUUGCAGCUAACUCCCUCGCUGAUGCUUACUUUUCCAUUUGGUUUGGCUGAAAUGUGAAGACGAUCGACAUGACACUUUCACGCACUUCAAGAACCUUACCACUUUUAUGCACACGGGUUGGUAUUUUUUCCAUAACAGCACUCUGAAAGAACCAUUUUAGUAAUUUCGAGGGGUCCGAAAACCAUAUUUAUAACAAACCAUCCUCGCGUAUUUUAUAGUCUCCUGUUGUUGUGCUUGCUUUAUAAACAAGAGAGGCUCCAGGAAGGAAACCCUGCCUAGAACCAACGCUUAAAACUAUCAGCCUGUGCGCUGCAUUUCCUGUUGCCAUUACCUACACCUUCAACGUCACCUUUCUUUUGCCAACAUUUCUGAAAGGUUAAAUUAGUGUCAACCCAGGAUUCAUCCAUGUCAAAUAUAUUCUUCCCAGUCUCCCUGCACUGUUUCAUCUGAGUCAGCUACCGUUAUCGCCAAGCAACAACGUCAGAUCUUUCGAGAAGAAGCAUUCGCUUAUUUUGGCUUCUUCUCCACACAAAACCCAUUUCUUUGAGUAUUUUACGCAGCGAUGUCUUUCCCUAACUCCAUCCGAAUUUUUUCUUUCAAAACUGGCAGUAGUUUCCUUGUCGUUUUUUUACUGCACAAAAUUCGUGGCUAGUGUGUCUGAUCACUCUUCUAUCAAAGUCAUCAACUGACAACAAACGUUUCCCAGUUUUUUUUUUGGCUUGAAAUGAAUAAUUAAACAUGAGAGGCUGUUUAACGGUCAAAUAAAGGAGUGAUAAAUAAAUAAUGUAUUAAUAAACAUUUAUAUAUAUCAUAAAAUCAUAUAUAUCAUAAAAUAUAUAUGCAAUAUAUAAUGUAUAUAAUGUAAUAUAAUAUCAUGUAAUAUAAUGCAAUAUAAUGUGUAGCAAUAUCGGCUACACUUGUAGAUAAAACAUAUUCUAACAAGCGGUGCAGAAAGUUUGGAAAAUUGCCAAAUGCAAAACAAACAAACCGCGGGUGAAAUUACGGGGAAUGCGUUGAAAAACUUAUAAUGUUGUUGUUUGUUUUUUAUUUGGCGUCUCUCUGUUGUGUUUUCGGAUGCGCGAAACUGAUCUUUGGCUUAUACCUGUGUAUCGCGCAGCUCUUUCGGUUGCAUUUGUUAGAGGUACUAGCAGACAUAUGUUGGCAGCUUCUUCAUCACAACACUGGAUUACACUACUUCUAAUUUCCCUCUCCCCACUAUGUAUUACUUUAUUGUAUCUUGAACGUCCUGCGUCGGGCUCCAUUGUUCACUUCAGACUGAGAGCGUGGCGCCUGAUGUUUUUGCUAUGAACCGCAUAGCGGCUGAUGUGCGCGCGCAGCUGCUUCCCCUCUCAUUUACUCUUCCCCGCUUCCCCGCAAAACGACACACCAAGACGUCGCGGCCCUACAGUAGCUAUUCUUUUAUUUUGUAUUUUUGAGUCAUAAAAAAAUUCAACUGCAGAAUGGGAUGUUCUGGCAUGUGGAUUGGUGCACUUGUUUUUUUUUGUUUACAUCAUAACAAUCAUAAACAUAACCCAAACCGACAUAACCUCUUUGCGUUUCAGCAUUUUGCAGCUAUUAUCCUACGAGUUGUCUUAUGACAGGAACGAGGGUGUAGUGAAAUAGCUUAUGGUGCAAACAUAAGACUGUUCUUGUAUUGAUUAAUCUGAUUUGAAGAAUAAAAAUGUGACUGAAAAUGUCGUUUACCCUUGCAGGAAUUAAUGAUCACCUUUCCAAGUUUGUGGAUGAACAAGUUGAAGCUAUAUUACAGCAAACAUUGGAAUAUAAUCAAGAAGUGUGGAAAAUUAAGUCACAGGAUAUAACUGAACGAGUCAAAGAAUCACCGGAGAUUAAAAAAUUAGUGCAGAAUAUUGAAAAACAAUUAUCUAGAAGUAUUUUUUCUGCGAGGAAUAAUCGUGCACAUUCUCCAGUAGACUCAGGAGUUGCUGGUGCAGAAUUUGAUGCCCAUGAUAACAGAUUACGUAGUAAGCUAGAGAGACUUCCUAGUAUUUCUUCAUUUUCUGUUAGUCAAAUAACUGCAGUAUGCAACUUUCAGCCUUUAGAUAUUGUAAGCAGUAAAUCAUGGUCAAACAGAAGUGUCAUUUUAAGGAACUCUUUAUUUUGCAAUAAUUGCAGCAUUUUUAAGUUAGGCUUGCAGAUACAUGCAAAGUUAACACACUCACUCACAUCAGCUGCCAUCAAAGAAGGUUUUAUAAACCUUACUCGUGGUUUACUUUUGUAUUACAAAAAAUUUUAUUCUGAUCUAACUAUAAGCCUUAGCUCAGGAAUUGAUCUAAAUAAUCCUGUUCAUUUUUUUAUGGUUAAAAUCUGUCAUUUAAUUUUAGAUACAGUUAAAAUCUUACCAAAAAAUUGGGUUAGAUAUGGCAAAAGAAGUGUGGAAUGUGUGUGUGAAUCAUUUUUGAACUUAUUGACAUUCCAUGUUUUUACCCCUCAUGCUUUAACGAAUGGCAGUAAUUGUGAUGAUUGUGCGUAUCCUCUCCAUAUUGUGUCAACACUAGAUCCUUCUGCUGGCUGGUGUGUUUGUUGGCUUCAUAGUACUUUUGGUCAGAGUGUUCUGUUCAACACAAGUGUUUCACUUGCCAAAACAUUAGUGCAGACAUGUGUCGAAACAUUGUUAAUUCUUAUUAACGAGAAACCUCCUACAACGAGUACUAUUAUAUUUGCAACAAUGAUUCAUUCUGCCAAUGUGUUGAAAACAGUAUUGCGCUGUAGAGACAGUCUCAAUCUUUUUCCUGUCAUCACGUCAAGGUUUGGAGAACACAGCGCGUGCCUAUCCAUUUACAAUUUUGGCGUGCUUCUUGCUAGGUACAUCUUUAAAUGUGGAAACAGUAAUUCUGAAAAUCACCUUCAGCAAAUUAUUGUAAAAUCUAUCUUGGACUUGUUUGUGUCACUUGUCGAAAAUUGUCCGGGAAAGGUGGUAGAUGAAGAGAUAAUUAGAGUAAUAAUGGAACCAAUGUGUUCCUUACACGUGGAGAACCAUUCAGGAACACUGCUACACACAGUCAGCGUCUUGAAUGCUUUCCUGAAGUCGGAAGCUUGUGUGAAAUGGUUAUGGGGACCAUGGCAGAAGCAGAGUCCUCCAAGCAAAUUCCAGCAGUAUUUGACCACCUCCCACUCAGCCUUGGGCUACAGAAAGAACAGCAUCUCGAGCCUUAGGUCGACAGACACGCGGCAGCAGUCAACAAAAUCGCUGCGGAUCUUGACCGGGGAGGCCAUCAACAUGUGUCCUGCACACUUAGUUUUCCAGUUGACCACGCACACUCUCAGAACAAACAUCUCCCACUAUGCACUGGAGCCACUUCUGGACUUGUGUGGGUCCCUGCUGGAGCUGCGCGAAGGAGUUUUGCGUGCGUCUGAAACGGAGCACGCACUGAUAUCUGCAGCUGCUGAAGUACACAGACAGCUUUGUGAAUCGUACCUUCUUUCACAGCAAACUGCUAGUGCCAACCCCAAUUCCAAUCCUCAUUUAUCCAGAAGCCUGCUGCUGUUCUUUGCGCGGGUGUCGUCGACCCUGCGAGGUGCGUCGCUGCUGUCUGGCGAGAGAGACAUCGUGCUGGAAGCCGCGCGGGUGCGGCUGAGCGACCCGCGGGCUGACUGGGAGGAAGCGCGCUUCAGGCUGGUGACGGCACGGCUGCUGGUCGCGCACGGCGGCCACGAGCCGCUGGUCGCAGAGAGCACACGGGCGCUGGCGCACGCCCUCCACGGGCUCAGAGAGGCUUGCGAGGAUCCCGAAGUGCUGGCAGGCUCCGAGAGGACGUUCUUGGCCGCUGUGCAGAGUCACAUAAACAUUGUCCACACCGUCGCGUCCACACUUCAAGGUGUGGCAAGCCUGCUGAGUGAACCUGACGAUGAUGGAAGCAGCCUGGAUACCUUAGUUGACAUUGAUGGGCCAACCACAUUUUUGGAGCUUUUAACGAGUGAUUUGCUCACUGAAGAGUGGGAUUACAUUGCCUUGCUGACCCUGCGUCUCUUGGUUGUGGAUUUGGAUGUUUUGUUGUUCCUGAAUCAUAAGAUCAACUUGCAGGCCCGCCUCCUGCAGCGGCAGCUGGGCGACUCCAGUGGCCAGCAGCCGCCGGCGGUGAUCGUGGACCGGUGCAGCCUGCUGAGGCACGACCUGCUGGUCUCCGGACACGCGGUGGGCGGUCCCGGCGAGCUGGAGCGCGGGAACCCCAUGUUCGCCGCCCUCCCGCCACCCCACGCCCUCUACCGCCGGCCCAAGCCCCGCUCCCGCACCCUCGCCCACCUCCACAGGUUCCUCAGGGACACAGAGCCGGGGCUGCACGACGCGGGCUGGGUGGCGAGCGCCCGCAAGGCGUACGUCUCCUCCGCGCACUGCGACCUGAAGCCCAACGUAGUGCUGAGCGUGGUGGAGCAGCUAGCGAGGUGUUGCAGCGAUUCCGCUGCUCGCGAAGUCAGCUGGUUGGGUGUCGAGCCGGGAGAAUUGUUUCCUGAAGACGUGCACGGAAUACAGCUGGUUGUGAGGUACGGCUUGAACUGCGGACUGCUGCAGCCAGUGGCCCAGAACGCGGACAACUUGACGCUCCUCGUGAGGAUGUGCCACGGCCACAGAGGGUCGCCCGCUGCCUUCACCGGCUUCCCCUGGUUCGUGGCCACUGCCUUCAACCUGUGCUGCGGGUGUCUGGACAGAUGCUACUCCUUCUUGUCAGACGCUUGGUCCCUGCCGGCCAGCGGAUACGUGCAGCUGAAAGGCAGUCCGUCUGAACACGACAUGAUGUUCGGACACUUGCUUGAGCAUGUUGUCGCGACCGAGUUGCCUCUGGCAUUUAGCGCAUUGCAGACGGGCGGGGUGUGCUGGUGGCUGACUUGUCGCCGGUGGAUGGCACAGUGCUUCUGGAACGUCCUCGACUGGCCGCAGAUAUGCCACUGGCUGGUCGUCAGCUUCCUGUACCCCGUGGACUACCCGCUGUACUUCUGCGUCGCGCUCCUGAGACACGUGCAGCCGAGGGUGCUGGCCGCUUGCGCGGAGGAGCGGCUGCUCGACUUCAUCCAGAAUGAGCCGUUAAGUGGUUUUAGGAUCCAUGAUCAUCUACCUUUUAUGGAGAAGUUGGCCAAAUGCUAUCGCACAUCAGUGUUGCAUCAUCUUCAAGAUCUGUAAAUCAUUCUAGUCAUGGUUUGGUUGCAAGAAAAAUUAAUUUCAUGUAACGUACAUUCAAAAUAGGUUCAUUAGCUGAUGAAUUAUCAAUUUUAUCAAUUUUUUGUAUGUGCAGAGUAAUUUUAAUUUUUGGUCAUAUGUGGAAAGUGUAAAAUUUAAUUAAAUGUUUUACAUUAAAUAAAAUUUAUAUGGAACAACUUA